AGCACAGGGCGGGCUCUGGCUCUGGCUCUGGCGCUGGGACCCGGCGCGGCAACGUUGGUAGUUGGCGGGUGCUACGGGCGUGAGGCGGCCGCUCUCCAUGAUGUCGCCCCGGACCGUGGCCGUGGUCGGCCUGUCCGUCGCGCUCGGGCUGUUCUUUGUCUUCAUGGGGACCGUCAAACUGACGCCGCGCCUCAGCAGGGAUGCGUUCAACGAGAUGAAAAGAGCAUAUAAGGAAUAUGCCAAGGCGCUUCCGGUAUUAAAGAAGAUGGGCAUCACAUCGAUCCAGCUGCGGAAACUCAUUGGGACGAUGGAGGUGACGUGUGGCAUUAUCAUGACCCUGGUCCCCGGAAGGCCCAAGGACGUAGCUAACUUCAUCCUUCUCCUGGUUGCACUAGCUGUGCUCUUCUUCCAUCAGCUGGUGGGCGACCCGCUCAAACGUUACGCCCAUGCACUUGUCUUUGGGAUCCUGCUCACCUGCCGGCUGCUCAUUAUCAGGCAAGCAGACGACAGAGACAAAGAGAUGGCAGUGGGAGACAUGGCAAAGGAGGAGCAGGUCGAGGCUGACACCGAACAAGAGAAAGGGAAACUGAAAACCACCUAAUUUGACUCGCAUAGGAUUGGAACUGGGGACACCUCGCCAGCCAAUGUCAUCCCGAGUAUAAAGAACCUGUUCCCCACUUCCUCACUUCAGCUAAUGGUGCUGGAAGUGAAUGACAGAGUUCGUGAACAUCUGUUGAUGGGAAUCUGAACACUGGCAGGAGUAUUUCCCCAUGACUAACAGCAAUCACUUACAGUCCUAAUCAAUACACAUCAAGGCAAACACCAUCAUCACCUCUCCACCCCGAGUUCUGCAGUGAUUCUAACCAAUACACAUUUAAAAGGGAGGAAGAGCUUUACUGAGUGAAUAGAUUUGUGAAAUUUCAUCUUUGAGCUAAGCCACAAGAUGUCCUGUGUCUCUCUCCCACAUGAUAAUUAAAUGGGUUCCCACUUCACCCAUGACCAACUGAAGUGUCCAUGUAAUGGGCAACUCCCUCCAACAUUGAGGCUGGAAGGUUUCCUCUAAGAAAUCACUGCAGGAAAUUGGUGAGCUCUAAAAUAGUUAAAGAUGUGCCCUGGAUAGCGAGAAAGAAAGAGCGACGAACAGCCCAGUCUGUAGCAGAACAGAGGAAGCCCCCCCCCCCCCCCCCCCCCCCCCC